GGGGUUACAUGCUGGAUAGACUGAAAUUCAGGUUUAUCAGCGUGUUAGCGACUGAACAUUGCCCAGGGUGUGAUCACUUACUGUUAGGGCCCAUAAAAUUCAGAUGCUCGGAUUCGCUGAAACCAGAGGCAGGAGUCCAGCGGCAGAUGCACAUUCCAAAAAACAAGAUAACAGAGAUGCCGCGCGUUUCACAAGCCCGUGUGAAAACUUCUGGCUUAGAGCAAUGGUUGAUCCACGCAACAGCAAAAAUACUAAUCAGUGGGAACAUUGAAGACCGGACCAGCAGCUGGAAUGUGGAUUACAAAUUACAGCAGGAGAUGGAAAAGGCGAGUCAGAAGGGCAAUUUCAUGAUAAUCGUCGGGGAUUCUAACAUGAAAGUGGAUUGGGAAAACCAGCGCAGCAAAAUCUGACCCCAACUGUCCUCGACAUGGCUGAACGGGCGGGCAGGGGAGGAGUUCCAGUGACGUCAACAUCAGGAAAGGUCACGGUUAUGUCCUUCACAGGUCCGAGCUCAGUGAUCACCGAGCUCCUGGCAGGCUGCAACGACUCCCAGCUGCUGCAGCUGACGGAUUUCUACCGGGACAGGCUGGAGCAGGCGAUGGAAAGAGGAGUGUACGGAGUGAGCCUGGCGUUAAAGGAUGAGAAUCAGUUCAGCGGAGAGGAACAUCGGACAAUCUCUGAUCUCGCUGAUAAUGGCAAGAGGGCGGACAGUUCUAAACUCCUCCUGAGCCUGGUGAUGGAGAAAGGCUCCCGCGCCCGGAGGGCGAUGUGGGAAAACUUCGUGAAAAUGCGCAAUGUCGUCCCAAAGUUGGACAAAAUGCUGAAAGAAAUUCAGGAACAUGGUUGUGUUCCGAUCCAUCGACCCGUCCCGGAGAUUCCUUGUGAGCUGAAAGAUCCGAGCUCAGUGAUCGCCGAACUCCUGGCGAGCUGGAAUGAUUCCCAGCUGCUGCAGCUGACGGAUUUCUACCUGGACAGGCUGGAGCAGGCGAUAGAAAGAGGGGUGCACGGAGUGAGCCUGGCGUUAACAGCUGAGAAUCAGUUCAGUGGAGCGGAACAUCAGAAAGUCUCUGAUCUCGCUGAUAAUGGAAAGAGGGCGGACAGUUCUAAACUCCUCCUGAACCUGGUGAUGGAGAAAGGCUCCCGCGCCCAGAGGGUGAUGUGGGAAACCUUUGUGAAAAUGCGCAAUGUCGUCCCAAAGUUGGACAAAAUUAUGAAGGAAAUUCAGGAACAUGGUUGUGUUCCGAUAUAUCGACCCAUCCCGGAGAUUCCCAGUGAGCUGAAAGAUCCGAGCUCAGUGAUCACCGACCUCCUGGCAGGCUGGAACGACUCCCAGCUGCUGCAUUUGACGGAAUUCUACCGGGACAGGCUGGAGCAGGCGAUGGAAAGAGGGGUGCACGGAAUGAGUCUGGCGUUAACGGCCGAGAAUCAGUUCAGCGGAGAGGAACAUCGGAAAAUCUCAGAUCUUGCUGACCAGGGAGAGCGGGCGAACAGUUCUAAACUCCUCCUGAGCCUGGUGAUGGAGAAAGGCUCCCGCGCCCGGAGGGUGAUGUGGGAAAGCUUUGUGAAAAUGCGGAAUGGUGUCCCAAAGCUGGACAAAAUACUGAAGGAAAUACAGAUAUAUGGUUCUCAUCCCUCCUAUCGAUCAAAUCCUGCUCAAGGUUUACUCAAGAUUCUCAAUGAGCUGAAAGAUGUUCAACAGAAACACAAGGAGACUCUGCGGACACAAACUGAGACACUGAGAGUGAACACGAUCCUGAUGAGGGAGAAGGUGAAGGUUUUCCAGCUGGUUGAUCGAUACGCUGAGCUUACGGUCAUUUCUACUGUCCGAGAUCGGAGACUGGUGGAACAUGAGCUGCUGGCGAGAGGCAGAGACCACGAGGAGUGGAGAGAAAAACAUCUCCGCAGAGAGCUGGAAAAACUCCGGACUGAUCAGUUCUUCCAGAGCAGCUUUUCCUGGAGUAAAUCCAAAUCUGGGAGUUCGGCAGCAGUGGCCGGAGUCCCGGGGAUCGGGAAAACAACAAUGGUACAAAAGAUUAUUUAUGACUGGGCCACGGGGAAAAUAUAUCAAAAGUUCCAUUUUGUCUUCAGUUUCCAAUUCCGGAAUUUAAACUCCAUUAACUGCAGAAUAAACCUGAAAGAACUGAUUCUGGAUCAGUAUCCAUACUUUCAGAAUAUCCUGAGAGAGGUUUGGAAGAACCCAGAGGGAUUGCUGUUUAUAUUCGAUGGUUUGGAUGAAUUCAAUGACAAAAUUAAUUUUGCUCACUGUCGGAGAGACUCAGAACCUCAGUCCACAUGCACAGAUCCUGAAUUCAAGUGCAAGGUGUCUGACAUUGUGUACAGUUUAAUCCAGCACAAGCUGCUGCCAGGGUGUUCAGUGCUGGUGACAACCCGUCCCACUGCGUUACAUUUAUUGGAAAAGGCAGAUAUCGGUAUCUGGGCUGAAAUCUUGGGAUUUGUUAGUGAGGAACGGAAAGAAUAUUUCUUCAGGCACUUUGAAGAUCAGAUGGUGGCGGCAGCUGUUUUCAAAUACGUGGAGGAGAACGAGAUCCUGUACACCAUGAGCUACAACCCCUCCUACUGCUGGAUCCUCGCGCUGGCACUGGGCCCCUUCUUCACACAAAGAGUCAGGGACCCGCAGCGAGUUCCCAAGACCAUCACCCAACUGUACUCCUACUAUAUUUACAACAUCCUGAAAAACCACGGCCGUGAGAUUGAGAACCCCCGUGAUGUGUUACUCAGGGUUGGUCAGAUGGCCUUCAGAGGAGUUUUCGAUAAGAAGAUUGUGUUUACAGAUGGAGAUUUGAUCAACUACAAUCUGCAGCAUUCCCAAUUCCUGUCCGGCUUCCUGAUGGAGCUUUUGGAAAGAGACGAUUCGGCCCGCAGCGUGGUGUACACAUUCCCACACCUCACCAUCCAAGAGUUUGUUGCUGCAGUCGCACUAUUUCUGAAUCCACAUCCCGGGAAUAUCCUGAAAUCCCUCACUGAAGCCCACAACACGACAGAUGGGCGAUUUGAUGUUUAUCUCCGUUUUGUUGCUGGUCUGUCCUCCCCAAUGACAGCUCGGGGCCUGGAGGAGUUUCUGGGUCCAUUUCCUCAUGAAACAACCUGCCGGGUGAUUGACUGGGUGAAGGAGCAGGUUAAACGCCAGAGUGGAAACACAGAGAGUGCAGCUGGUAAAAGGAGCCUCCUGAACACAUUGCACUACCUAUUUGAGUCUCAGAAUAGCGGGCUGGCUCAGGCCGCACUGGGAUCUGUGGAAACACUUUCAUUCUGUGGUAUGACGCUGACCCCGAUUGACUGCGCAGUCCUGUCUCAUGCCAUCGGACUCUGUGAUACAAUAAAACACCUCGCCCUAGGGAACUGCCAGAUUCAGUGUGAAGGAAUCCAGCGGCUGGGACCCGGGCUGCACAAAUGCCAAAAGUUGAGACUUGGGGGGAAUGACCUGGCAGAUUCAGGAGUGAAACUGGUGUUUGCGGCUCUGAGAAACCCCGAGUGUAAAAUACAGAAACUGCAGCUGGAGAGAGUUGGUCUCACAGAUUCUGGUGUCGAGGAUCUCGCCUCCGCUGUCAGUACAAACCGAUCACUGACGGAGCUGAGCCUGGGAUCAAACACACUCACAGACGUAUCCGUCCCCGCUCUCCACCGCCUCAUAAUGACCCUCCCGAGUCUGGAGUGGAUCCAGCUGACGGGGAAUCGGUUCAGUGAGACCGGGAAAAAGGAACUGAGAUCUCUGCAGGAAUCCAGACCCGGAUUGUCAGCGAGUCAGUGAGUGUAUGAACAGUUGAAUGUGUGAAUAUCUCCGCCCGAGGGAUGGGGACAUUUUGGUCGAUUCCUCGCCCUCCCCUUAAACCAACGCUCUCCAGGUUUAAUUCCGAACCGUUCUAACGGAACUGGCUCCGGUCUAACGCUCUGUGACCAUGUCGCGGUGACGUUAUUUCACCACACUUUCAGCAGCGCUGCUACCGCUGGGUGACAGGAUUCUGGAGCUCCUCCAAGUGGAUCACGUGGGAUUACACAGGCAAAGAGAACCCGGGGGCUGGGGCUCAGUCUUCGACACCCAUGGCCUGGGGUGGGAUUAUCGGGGGAGAGAAUCAUUUUUCUCCCUUUGCUGCGGAUGGUGCAUUCGGUAGACUGGCUGAUAUAAUAAUGUUAGACAGGGAAACACCUUGGUAGAGACGCUGGAUCUGCAGUUACUUAACACAUGGCCCUGAAGUGUGAUUUUAUAAUCAUCGGUUCCCCGAUGCAGUGUGACGGUGAGAAACUGGACUGAUUAUUCAAAUUGUCUCGCUUUGUCACUGAUCAGUUAAUUGUGUGUGACUCCGAGUGAAUCGGGAGUAGUUUAUUUAUUUGUUUAUUCAUACACGCCAUCAGCUCACAAAUUGUCUAAUUUAAUUUAUAUUUUGUCAUAAUUAAAAUUAAUAAACCUCUUUAACUUCCUGCCUUGGUUUCGGACUUAAG